AUGCGGUUCGCCAACAGGCCUAUCAAUCAAACGGUGCGAACGCUUCUCGCCAUAUCCGUCUCAGCAGCUUCAUCGAACGCGCUCGCCCAGUGCGACCCAUCGAUGCUCUUCCCGCAAAGCAAUCCAACGUCGGGCGUUGGAAUUACGCCAUUCUCCGUCGCGAUCGGCGAUCUGAAUAACGACGGGGUCCCCGAUCUCGCUGUGGCGAACCAAAGCACUAAUGAUGUGAGCGUCCUGCUUGGCAAUGGCGACGGAUCGUUUCAGGCCAAGCAACGUUUCAGCAUUGGCACAGGGUCGUUCUUCGUCGUGAUCGGCAACCUAAACGAUGACGAAAUCCCAGACCUCGUCGUGGCGAACGCUUUUAGCAGUGAUGUGAGCGUACUGCUCGGAAUCGGUGAUGGUUCCUUCCAGAAUGAGCAGCGCUAUCACACGGGCAACUUCUCGACCUCCGUCGCCAUCGGUGACCUGGACGGCGACGGCAUUCCUGAUCUUGCCGUGGCGAAUCGCAACAGCGACGACGUGAGCAUCCUGCUCGGAAUCGGCGACGGGACCUUCCAAAGUGAGCAGCGAUACGCCGCGGGCGACGGGGCGUUUUCUGUCGCGAUGGACGAUCUGAACGGAGACGGAGUCCUCGACCUCGCUGUUGCGAACUUUCUCCUUUCAAGCACCGAUGUCAGCGUCUUGCUUGGCAACGGCGAUGGAUCCUUCCAGAAAGCACAGAUAUUUACCGCGGGCCUGGCUCCAUACGCGGUCGCGAUCGGCGAUCUGAACGGCGACGGGACGCCCGACCUCGCCGUUGCGAACCGUACCGAGUCCGACGUAAGCAUCCUGCUCGGAAUCGGCGACGGAACUUUCCAGACCCAGCAGCGCUUCGGCACGGGCAGCGCGCCGGUCUCCGUCGCGAUCGACGACAUCGACGGGGACGGCACGCCCGAUCUCGCAGUGGCGAACAGCUUCAGCGAUGAUGUGAGCAUCCUGCUCGGCACCGGCGAUGGAUCAUUUCCGAACGAGCAGCGUUUCGGCGGUGGCGAGUCACCGGGAUCCGUCGCGAUUCACGACCUCGACGGCAAUGGGACACCCGACCUCGCCGUGACGAACUACUUCAGCGACGACAUCAGCAUCCUCCUCAACCAAUGCCCCGCAACCGCCCCCUGCCCCGGCGACUGCGACAACUCCGGCGCCAUCGACUUCAACGACCUCAUCGCCAUGCUCUUCGAAUUCGGCAACCCGACGAUCGCCUGCGACACCGACGCCUCCGGCGUCGUCGACUUCAACGACCUCGUGGCUGCGCUCUUCCUCUUCGGCCCGUGCCCGUCUGCCAUGUUUGAUCGGCUCGUUGUCACGUGCGCGCUCGGCGCGUCGGUUCUUUCCGCUCCGCACGCCCUCGCGGGCGAACCCUCCAAGGGCCACGGGGAGAUCGGCGGGUGCGAGGGGUGCGAGACCGUCGUCUUCGAUCUCUCCUCGUUCACCCCGGACACGGUCGCCGGCGAGAUCAUCGGCGCGCACGCCAUCGAGGGCGAGGUCGUCGACGCCUUCCUCGAGAUCGUCCUCGUCGUCGAUGAUCCCAACGUCUGGACCUUCGAUGGCAGCUUCACCUUCAACGGGCGCAGCUACGGGUUUUCCAGCUUCGAACAGGGCUGGUCCGGCAUCGGCACCUUCAGCUUCGCCCAGCACGACGACAGCCUCAACGGCUUCAUCGGCACGCCCGACGGGCAGGGGCUCGCCGCGUGGUUCUUCAACUGGCAGGGCGGCGCCUUCAUCGAAUCCCACGGCGGCUCCGGCGUGUUCCCGCUCGACGCCCGUUUCCCCACCCUCCGCCUCACGCUCACCCUCGCGGCCCCGCCCUUCUGCCCGGGCGACUGCGACGGCUCGCGCACGAUCGACUUCAACGACCUGAUCGCCACGCUCUUCGAGUUCGGCGACGAGUCCGGCGGCGUGUGCGACUCGGACGCGAGCGGGCUGGUCGAUUUCAACGACCUCGUCGCGACGCUCUUCCUCUUCGGCCCGUGCCCUGGGCCGCUCGAUGUCUAA